AUGAUAUUGAAAAAUCACACACAACACAAGGGCGAAUUAUUCGUCCAAAUGAAAAGACAAGUUCCUCUUCAAGUUUCUAGUCAAUUACCAGAUUUUAUUGAAGACGAAAUGCCUUUGCAACAUCAAGUAUUCUUUUCCCAAUUGAGUUAUUUUGUUGUGGCCACAUUGGAUGAAUUUCAAAGGCCAUGGACAAGUAUUAUUGUUGGAAAUGCAGAAGAAGAGGAUAUUGUAAAGAUUAAGAAGGGAAGUAGAAUGUCGAUUAGGGCAAAAUUGUCAGUUGGAGAUCCAUUUGGCAAUUGUUUUGGAGAAUUGGAUAAUUCUAUUAGAUACUUUGCUGGUCUUGGUAUUGAUUUUAGUAAUAGGAGAAGAAAUAAGGUUAGUGGAUUGAUUAAUUCUAGCCAGUACAAGAAUCAGUUCAUCAACUUGGACAUUCAAACAAAUGAAAGCUUGGGAAACUGUCCAAAAUAUAUCACUAUUCGAAAGCUUUCGUAUGUGGAAAGAACUCCUCAACUUGCAAUUGAUUCUCCAAAUUCCACUACUUUAGAACCAGAAGAAACAUUCCACAUCCACCAAGCAAGUACAAUCUUCAUUUCCACACGACACAUCUCUCAAGAUUCAGAUUCAGAUAUUGGAGUCAACCACAGAGGAGGAAAUCCAGGAUUUUGCCGAGUUUACAAUGAAAAUGGCCAAUCCUAUGUUGUAAUACCAGAUUAUUCAGGUAAUAGAUUCUAUCAAUCUUUAGGAAAUGUACAAUCUGAUAGAGUUGCUGGUCUAGUAAUUCCAAACUUCCAGACUGGUGACAUGUUGUACAUUACUGGUGAUGCAGAGAAUCUAUUCGAUGAACAAGCUGAAGAAAUCAUGCCACGAGUCACUUUGAUUACAAGAAUUAGAGUGACAGGUCAUGUAUUUGUAAAACAAGGAUUGAAUUUGAAACAAGAAGGUUCAGAUCAAUAUUCUCCUUACAAUCCACCAAUUCGUCAUGUGAAAGGAGAAGUAUAUCAAUCGACUCAUGUUGAAAAUGAGCAACACAUUCCUUCCAAUCAAGCUAAACUUUGGUCUGUUGAAAAAUUAACUCCCCUCAUUUCCAAGUUUACAUUUAAAUUGGAAUUUCCAAUCAAGUAUCAGCCAGGAUCUUAUGCAUUAUUUGAUUUUAGUGAAAUUAUUCAAAAAAAGUAUCAACAUAUGAAUAAUUUAAAUCCAAAAUCACUCAAUGAUGAUCUCAUUAGAACUUGGACCAUUUCUUCAUCUCCCUUAAUUGACGAAACAACUGAAACCACCAAAUUUGAAUCUUCCAAUUUUAUUUCAUGCACUAUCAAAUUAGUGGAAAAUGGAGCUGUCACUCCAUUGCUACAUUCCAAUGUUUCUGAAUUGAGUUUGAAAUUGAUUGGAGUUGGUGGAAAUUUCACAUGUUUUGAAAAGGAAACCAAUCGAGUGGAAACUCCAAAUAUGAUUUGGAUAGCUGCCGGAGUUGGAAUAACUCCAUUCCUUUCCAUGUGGUCUGCCUUACAGGAAUGUAAAUCUAAUGUCAAGUUAUCUGUUCUCUAUUCUGGAAGAGGAAGUGAAGCCGAAUUUACCAAAUCUUUCAGAAAUGAUGAAAGAGUUUCAAGUUUACAAGUUUUUGAUUCCACCAGACAUGCUACACAUGCAGAGAAUAAUUAUUCAAUUUUCAAUAGAAGAAUUAAUUCUAAUGAUGUUGCACAAGCUCUACAAGGUGCUUCCAAUAUCAGCAAUUCAGAAAUUCCAAUAAUUUAUCUUUGUGGACCUCCUCAAUUUAUGAAUUCUAUUCGAAAUUGGCUUAAAGAACUCAAAUAUCCAGAAAAUAACAUUAGAACUGAAUCCUUUGUAUUUUAA